GCUUAGCAUCACACGGUGAGUCCCGCUAGAGUAUAAACAAGUGCCGUGCUGGGUUUGGCAUCCGCGGCAACACCCACGACACAGCUCAACCUGGAGAACUCAUUCUGCUGCAGAGACUUGCAGAGACCAAGCUGCGGUGGGAUGGAGAAGUGGCUGGUGCUGGUCCUCGCCGGCGCCUUGCUGGCUUGCGUGUCAGAGUCCUCCCCGAUUCUGAAGGAAAAGGAAGCCAAGCAGCUCCUGAGGUCCCGGAGAUAUGACAGGCCCAGCAAACCUGGAUUCCCCGACGAGCCCAUGCGAGAGUACAUGUACCACCUCCUGGUCCUGGAGCAUCGCGCAGAGGAGCAGUUCUUGGAGCACUGGCUGAACCCUCACUGCAAGCCCCACUGUGACAGGAACAAGGUGUAUCCGGUGUAGGGCUCUCGGCCUCUAGUCACUUUUGAUAGGCAAUGACCUGAAUGAUGCUAAAACAGGACAAAGCUCUUUCUUCCAUUCGAAUUUAAGCUGUGGAGGCCGGAUGUCUGCAGGAAGAUGUGGACUUCGUGGACGUGCCGAAAGUUGCCUCCAGGAUGGGUGGCAAAUAUAUAUUCUGCUUCAUUUUACUAAUCUGCAUAAAUCAUUGAAACUAAUAGCUUCCACGAAUAACCCCAAAGGUUUUCCUACUGGUUUAUAAGUGUGGGCACAGUCUGAGUCUUGGAGUGGGUGGAACUGGGAGAGCUCUGAGGAUCUUGAGGAAGUCUGGCUCAGACAAGUGAGGUGUGCUACUUGGGGCUGCUGGGAUUUGGUUGUCUAUACUUUCUUCUCUUUUGGCAUUAAUAAAUGUUGGUGUUAAGUUUGCUUUU